AUGGAAAUAUAGCAAAUGUUAUAUAGAAUUUAAACCAAUUGCUCCUUGCCUUUUUUAAACUUAAAAUAUGUAUGUGUAGCAGAUAAGAAAGAUGAAUUUGUGGUUCUAUUUGGUGAUAAUUCAAUUAUGUCUAUUUCGAGUAAGAGUAUGAAUUUUAUGAAUAAACAAUUCAUAUGCCUUAAAUAAGGUAUGACGCUUUAUAAAAUAUUAGUAAUUCUAUGCUAUAAUUUUCUAAUAGCGUCAGGUGGAUGUAAAUAAAAUUGCUUUUAUGUGAUAAUUUGGCAUUUCAAUGAUGCUAAAAUUAGGAAAGUCUUGAGAUAUCAAUAUUCAUUUCCAAAUGAGGGUGAUUUAUUGAUGAGUGAGACUAAUCAGCAUAUACUUAGAUGCAAUAAAAUAAAAUUGAUGUUUUUAGUUUAAUAGAUGGAGUCAAAAAGUAGACUUUAUAACUAUAAAAUGUAAGAGAUUGUAUAGAAUAAGCAACUAUUUUACACAACUUUUAGGAAUAAGAUACUUUUUGUGUUAGUACUAAUAGAGGAUUUUAUGUAUAUACUUAUGAUGAUAAUGUUGUUGAGAAUAAUUAUAAAUUAGUCUACAGCCUUUCACAAAUGUACCAUUGUAUUUUCCAUGUUUUCUAUUAAUAUGGUUUGGAAGAAGAAGGGUUUAUACUUGCCGUUUUAGAAAAUAAUGAAACAAAAGUUAAGUUUUAAGAUUUGAAUAAUAAGAUAGCUUUAUAAGGAAUACAAUUUGAUGAUUAAAUAUUAACAGGCAAAUUAAUAUUUUAAAGGGAAUUUUAGAAUCAACAGUUGGUAUUUUUAUUAGGGUUUGAGAAUGGGAAAAUGAGAGUGUUAAAAUUAAAUAAGAAUUGA